ACGAAUACUAAGAGGAUUUCAUGUUCUAUAAAAGAAAUCUAGGAUUCUAGGGGAACUACUGCUCGGCCAUGGAUCAGCCUUCAAGACCCACCAAAGCGAAAUUACCAAAGACUUCGUUAGGAUUUUUACCACCACUGCCUGAGGUCACCUCAAAACCUCCAUGGAAAAACACUCCAUCUUUUUUCCUUGAACGAGAUGUAAAAAAGGACGAGCAGAAAGAUGUUAAUGAACUUUUUGACGUGAAACCCAAGUUGGUAGAAUUGCCUUCCCAUGUGUCACCACGUUUUCAUGAUGCCAGACCAUCUUAUUCAAAAAUGCAGAGCAGUUAUCCCAAUCCGAAGAAAAGUCGAGAAAAAUUCCGGAGUGCGCUUGUUGAUAUCACCAUGCAAAGAGAUGUUGCUACAAUCCAGUCGUUUCAGCUUGAUCCCACUAAUCAGCCACAAGCAAAGCCAUCUUCUUUGGAAAAAGAUAUUUUGCGGUACAAUUAUUACAUAAGACAUGGUAUUGACAAAGAACAUAUUGCACCAAUGGAGAACUUGUGGCUAGAAAAUAUUUUAAAUUUGGUUCCCAAACGUCUGAAGGUUUACAAGGAGACCAUUGAUGGCCUUUUAGAUGAAGUGGAAGAAGAUUAUCUAAUUGGCGUCAAGAAAGCAACUGUUGAUUUUGUAUUAAAAGACCCACAGGAAAAAGAUGAGGAUAAGAAAAUUGAUCUUCUACCCCAUCGUAUGGAAAUACAGAUUCUGCCAAAACCUUGGAAAAAUUCAUUUUUAGAAAACCAUGAAUUCAUAAAGAAGAAUUUGAAUUCCAUUAAUCCAGUAAUGGCUGCUGUUUUGGAUUUGUGGUAUUCCUCUUUUACGAAACUACGGCUGGUUGAUACUGAUGAAUUUCACAAUCGUCAAGACUCAAUGGAACUUAGCAUCUUUCAAAAUCUUGUAAUUCGACACAUUGAUGCCGCCACAGACAAAUUACUUUCAAAGUGGUUUACAGAAGUCCUUAACAUUUUCUAUCAAGGAAAUAAGAAAAAGCAAAUUCCCAGUGACCGCAACCCUAGAAAACUACAAUCUUUUUUCAGCUGCAUCGCCACAUUAAUGACUGAACAGCUGCAACGUCUUGCUCUGGUAUCCAUGCAGGACUAUACAGAUUUAAUUGUGCAACCACCAGACUCUAUCCGUGCUUAUGAACAUCCUGGCUUCAUAAUGAGACUGAUUCUUGACAACGUUUCUAUCAAAUUUGAACCUGAUUUUGUUGAUUACGAUAUUGUCCUGUUGAAUACUUAUGACAUAAUGAUUAAAGCUGUUAAUCUUGUCCCAAGAGUGGAGACUAAGCUUUUUUCUGCAGGGACUGAUCAGUCCAAAUUUACUCUAAAACCAAUAAUUCCUGACGAUAUCUUACAAGAACAGAAGAGGAAAGUGAAAGAAUAUGUUGCUUCAGAGAGCUUCUUACCAAAAGAGCAUUUAAAAUUGUAUGAUAAAUACAAUAUUUUAAUUAGCAAACAGGCAGAUUUGGAUGUAGAUCAAUUCUUGGCUGAAGAUCAUACAUUUGAAGAGAUUAUGAGAGAGGUUAAGAAAUAUGAAAUACUUACAGAUGAAAUACAAUACACUUCCAGAAAGUUCAUUCGUUUAGGCAUGUUCGAACUCCACUGUGAUGAAUUGAUCCGAGCUCUGGUCAAACGUUCAGAGACUAUUUGUGGAAAACUGGUAGCAAAAAUGCUCAAAGAUCACCAGGAGACCAAUAAGAGGAUAUGUAAUGACUUUGAGCAAAUAGCAGAGAAGGCACUAAGCACACCUCCAAACACCAGUGAGCUCAUGGAAUUGAAGGAAUACAUAAAGAAGGUUGAAGCCCAAGAUAUGCUGGAUUUGGAUCAGAAACUAGUGGAGGCUAAGAAUCGAAUUAUUUUCCUGGUAGACUACAGCAUAUUUUCACCUGCGGAUAUACGGUUGAAUAGCAAUACUUUUCAGUGGCAUGAUCGCAUGGGAGACAUUUUUGAGGAACACAGAAAAAUAGUUAAAGAGAAGACAGAACAAUAUCAAGAGGGAUUGAAAGUUCGCUGUGAGAGGUUUGUGGAAGAACUGGACACCUAUUCCAAGCAGGUGCUUGAAUUUAAAGCAUUUGGUGACUUUCAGGAGGUCAACAAAUAUCUUAAAAAGGCACAAGCACUGAAUUCAAAACUAGACCAAGCAGUUGAAAAGGUGGAUCAGCUGAAUGCAGAAGAAGAAGCAUUUGGAUGGUCAGCUUCCCAAUAUCCUCAAAGGAAAAAAAUUCAAGAUACAUUGAAUCCAUAUCUGCGACUUUAUGAGAUUAUAGUUGAGUUCAGCACCAAGUACAAAGACUGGCUGGAAGGUCCUUAUUCUAAUGUUAACCCUGACGGAGUCGAACAGGAUGUGGGAAACUAUUGGAGAGCACUUUAUAAACUUGAAAGAACAUUUCAGGACUCCCCAAAUGCCCUUUCAUUGGCUUCUAAAAUCAAGGUCAAAGUGGAAGAAUUCAGAGAGUACAUGCCUCUUAUCCAAGUAGUUUGUAAUCCUGGGCUCAGAGAUAGGCACUGGGAAGCUAUGUCUGCUAUUGUUGGCUAUUCAAUUAAACCACAACAGAGCACCAAUGUCCACAAUUUUCUAGAUAUGAAUCUCCAACCUUUUCUUGAAAAAUUUGAAAGUAUCAGUGAAUCUGCUAGCAAGGAAUAUUCACUUGAGAAAGCAAUGGAAAAAAUGAUUUCAGAGUGGGAUAAAGUAGAAUUUACUCUACUUCCUUAUCGUGAAACUGGAACAUACAUUCUUUCAUCUGUGGAUGAUAUACAGAUGUUACUAGAUGACCACAUUGUCAAGACACAGACCAUGAGAGGUUCUCCAUUUAUUAAGGCUUUUGAGACAGAAAUCAGGGAUUGGGAAGGUAAACUGUUGCUUCUACAAGAAAUCCUUGAUGAAUGGCUAAAAGUCCAAGCAACCUGGUUGUACUUAGAACCCAUAUUUAGCUCCCCUGACAUCAUGGCACAGAUGCCAGAAGAAGGCAGGCGUUUCACUACAGUAGAUAAGACAUGGAGAGACUUAAUGAAACUGGUACUUUUGGACAGAAAUGUUCUCACUGUGGUAACAAUUGAAAAAAUGUUGGAAAAAUUCAAAAAGUCGAAUGAAUUUCUGGAGCUUAUUCUUAAAGGACUCAAUGACUACUUGGAGAAAAAACGGUUGUACUUUCCACGUUUCUUCUUUUUAUCUAACGAUGAACUCCUUGAAAUUCUGUCAGAGACAAAAGAUCCUACACGAGUACAACCACACUUGAAAAAAUGUUUUGAAGGAAUAGCUAAAGUGGAAUUUACAGAUGUCUUGGAUAUCACACACAUUAAAAGCAGUGAAGGAGAGGUGGUCCAACUAAUAAAUACAAUUUCAACAUCUAAAGCUAGAGGUCAAGUGGAAAAAUGGCUUCUUGAACUUGAAUCUUCAAUGAUCAGUUCAAUUCACAAGGUUAUUGGUGAAGCCCUUGAAGCUUACCCCAAAGCAACUCGAAUAGACUGGGUGAGGGAAUGGCCUGGACAAACUGUCCUUUGCGUAUCUCAGUGUUUCUGGACUCAAGACGUUCAGCUGUCUAUCAGAAAAAGCCAAGAGGCACUUGAGGCAUACUUGGAACAGAAUAAUAAGCAAAUUGAUGAUAUUGUAGCAUUGGUACGAGGGACAUUGUCAAAGCAGAACCGUGUGACACUUGGAGCUCUUGUGGUAUUGGAUGUUCACGCAAGAGAUGUCCUCUCAUCUCUGGUUAAUAAACGAGUUUGCGAUGAAAAUGAUUUUGAAUGGUUAAGUCAGUUGCGAUAUUAUUGGGAGGAAGGACACCUUCAAACAAAGAUGAUCAAUGCUGGAUUGCAAUAUGGAUAUGAAUAUCUUGGUAACACCCCAAGAUUGGUUAUAACACCUUUAACAGAUAGAUGCUACAGAACUUUAUUUGGUGCUCUCAACCUUCAUCUGGGUGGAGCUCCUGAAGGCCCUGCGGGAACAGGAAAAACAGAAACCACCAAGGAUCUUGCAAAAGCCGUAGCAAAGCAAUGUGUUGUUUUCAAUUGCUCAGAUGGGCUGGACUACCUUGCGUUGGGAAAAUUUUUCAAGGGUUUACUGUCCUGUGGAGCCUGGGCUUGCUUUGAUGAAUUUAACAGAAUUGAUUUAGAGGUGCUCUCCGUAGUAGCUCAGCAAAUCCUUACCAUCCAAAGAGGCAUCAAUACAGGAUCUGAUUUAUUAAUGUUUGAGGGCACUGAAUUAAAGUUGAAUCCCUCGUGUGCUGUAUUUAUCACUAUGAAUCCCGGUUAUGCAGGACGUUCCGAGCUCCCAGAUAAUCUCAAGGCACUCUUCAGGACAGUGGCCAUGAUGGUACCUGAUUACGCAAUGAUAGCAGAAAUUGUUUUAUAUUCCUGUGGCUUUGUCACGGCCCGACCAUUGUCGGUGAAAAUUGUAGCAACUUAUCGUCUCUGUUCAGAGCAACUAUCGUCCCAGCAUCAUUAUGAUUAUGGAAUGAGAGCUGUAAAGUCAGUGCUGACUGCUGCAGGCAACCUUAAGCUCAAAUAUCCAACUGAAAAUGAAGAAAUUUUACUUCUCCGCUCUAUAAUUGAUGUAAAUCUUCCCAAAUUUUUGGCUCACGAUUUGCCACUCUUUGAGGGAAUAACAUCAGAUUUGUUUCCUGGAGUGAAAUUACCCAAAGCUGACUACAUUGUCUUCAUGGAUGCUAUCAAGGAAAACUGUGACCGUAUGAAUCUGCAGAUGACCAGCUUCUUUGCAGAGAAGAUUUUGCAGAUAUAUGAAAUGAUGAUUGUGCGACACGGAUUUAUGAUUGUUGGAGAACCUUUUGGUGGAAAGACAUGUGCUUACCGUGUCUUGGCAUCUGCUUUGAAUGACAUUUGCGAAAAGAACCUGUUGGAUGAAAACAAAGUGCAAAUCACAGUGUUAAAUCCAAAGUCUAUAACCAUGGGUCAACUUUAUGGACAGUUUGACCCAGUUUCCCACGAGUGGUCAGAUGGAAUCCUAGCUGUCAGCUUCAGAGCCUUCGCCUCUUCAACAACUCCAGACAGAAAAUGGCUCAUUUUUGAUGGACCUGUAGAUGCUGUUUGGAUUGAAAAUAUGAAUACAGUAUUAGAUGAUAACAAAAAACUGUGUUUGAUGAGUGGAGAGAUCAUCCAGAUGUCACCACAAAUGAGCCUCAUCUUUGAACCUAUGGAUCUAGAAGUUGCUUCACCUGCAACAGUAUCCAGAUGUGGUAUGAUUUACAUGGAACCACAUAUGCUUGGAUGGAAGCCUGUUAUGGUAUCUUGGCUUAACCUCUUGCCGUCUGGUCUCAGCAAAAUGCACAAAUCAUUUAUUGAAAGACUGUUUGACAGAAUGGUUCCUCCUUGUCUUCAAAUGAUCAGAAAAUGUGCUAAGGAACUGUCUCCAACUUCUGACACAAAUUUAGUACAUUCCCUAAUGAAUCUCAUGGACUGCUUGAUGGAUGAAUUUGCAGAUGAAUCUAAAUUCCACAAUAUGAAUGAGCGUGAAAUAUGCUCAUGGCUGGAGGGUAUAUUUUUGUUUUCAUUGAUCUGGUCUGUUGGGGGAAGUUGCAAAGAAGAUGACCGACUUAAGUUUGAUAAACUUGUCAGAGAAAUCAUAGAUGGACCACUCAGUGAGGAAACAAGAACUCGAUUUAAAAUUCUACAUCCUGUGGAUCCGCCAGAAAAGCCAUUCACUGUUCCAUUCCCAAAAGAAAACACAGUUUAUGAUUAUAGAUUUGUCAAAGAGGAUGUUGGAAGAUGGGAAUUAUGGACAGAAGGUCUUAGUUCAGCACCGCCAAUUCCCAAUGAUAUGAUGUUUAACGAAAUCAUAGUGCCAACUUUGGACACCAUAAGAUAUACAGUACUGAUGAAUUUGCUGACCACCCAUCAAAAGCCCGCUGUUUUUGUAGGUCUAACUGGCACUGGCAAAAGCACGUAUAUUAUUGACUUCUUGUUAAAUCGUUUGGACAAGGAGACAUACAAACCUUUGCUGAUCAACUUCUCGGCACAGACUACAGCAGCUCAAACGCAGAAUAUCAUCAUGUCCAAAUUGGAUAAGCGGAGGAAGGGGGUGUAUGGUCCCCCACUUGGAAAGAAAACGGUGGUAUUUGUCGAUGAUGUAAACAUGCCUGCACGAGAGGUUUAUGGUGCUCAGCCUCCGGUAGAAUUGCUUCGUCAGUGGUUAGAUCACUGGAACUGGUAUGACCUGAAAGACUGUACAAUGAUCAAGCUGGUUGACAUACAGAUUAUGUGUGCUAUGGGUCCAGCAGGUGGCGGAAGAAACCCAGUCACUGCCAGAUUCCUUCGACAUUUUAACACAGUUACAAUUAAUGAAUUUGACGACAAUUCAAUGUAUACAAUAUUCUCCAGGAUUCUAGACUGGCAUCUUACAAUACGGUAUAACUUUCCAGGAGAAUUUGCAGCCUUGACACCUCAAAUUAUACAUGGAACUAUGGCAAUAUACAAAGAAACAAUGAAGAAUCUCUUGCCCACACCAGCUAAAUCUCACUACCUAUUCAAUCUCCGUGACUUUUCUCGAGUAAUUCAGGGAAUUUGCCUAUCACGACCAGAAACAUCAGAUUCUCCAUUGUUAAUCAAGCGCCUGUGGGUCCAUGAGGUCCUCAGAGUUUACUAUGAUCGCCUUGUGGAUAAUGGAGAUCGUUCGUGGCUUGUUAAAUGCAUUGAAGAAGUAGUAAAGAGUCACAUGCGUGAAGACUUCCAUCAACUCUUUCAACAUCUAGACUUUAACGGUGAUGGCAAAGUGGAGGAGGAUGAUUUGCGUAGCUUAAUGUUCUGUGAUUUUCAUGACAUUAAAAGAGAAGACUUAAAUUACAGGGAAAUAAAUGAUGUCGAUAAACUGCGUUUAGUUGUGGAGAGUCACCUGGAUGAAUUUAAUAACAUUAGCAAAAAAACAAUGAACCUUGUGCUGUUUCGUUUUGCAAUUGAACAUAUUUGCAGAAUUUCACGUAUUUUGAAACAGCCAAGAAGUCAUGCCCUUCUGGUUGGUGUUGGAGGGAGUGGACGCCAGUCUGUCACUAGAUUAGCUGUCCAUAUGGCUGACCAAAGACUAUUCCAGGUUGAAAUUUCUAAAGGUUACGGAAAUGUUGAGUGGCGUGAAGACUUGAAACAAAUUCUAAGGAGGUCUACAGAGGGUGAAAUGCAAGGUGUAUUUUUGUUCAGUGAUGCCCAGAUCAAAAAGGAAUCUUUCUUAGAAGACAUUAACAAUUUACUAAAUGCAGGAGAGGUGCCAAACCUUUUUGCACCUGAUGAAAAGCAAGAAAUAUGUGAACGGAUGCGACAAAUAGAUCGUCAGAGGGAUAAAUCAAAACAGACUGAUGGAAGUCCUUUAGCUCUAUUUAACUUAUUUAUUGACCGAUGCCGAGAUCAGCUCCAUGUGGUUCUAGCCAUGAGUCCAAUUGGAGAUGCUUUUCGUAAUAGGCUGCGAAAAUUUCCAGCUCUUGUUAACUGUUGUACGAUCGACUGGUUUCAGUCCUGGCCAGAAGAUGCACUUCAAGCUGUUGCCACACGUUUUUUGGAGGACAUUGAGAUGUCAGAUGAAAUUCGAAAUGGGUGCAUUGACAUGUGCAAAAGUUUCCACACAUCUACAAUUACAUUAUCUGAGAAAUUCCGCUCCGAACUUCAAAGAUACAAUUAUGUGACACCUACAUCUUACCUAGAGUUGAUCUCUACAUUUAAAACUUUACUGCAGAAGAAACGAUCAGACGUUCUGAAAAUGAAAAGAAGAUAUGAGGUUGGUCUAGAGAAGCUGGAAUCUGCUUCAUCUCAAGUGUCAACCAUGCAGGGUGAGCUAGAAGCUCUGCAGCCUCAGCUGAAGGUGGCAAGCAGAGAGGUUGAUGAGAUGAUGGUUAUAAUUGAACGAGAAUCCAUAGAGGUGGCCAAGACGGAGAAGAUUGUGAAGGCAGAUGAAGCUGUGGCUAAUGAUCAGGCUAUGGCUGCCAAGGCAAUCAAGGAUGAAUGUGACAGUGAUCUAGCACAGGCAUUGCCCAUUUUGGAAUCAGCUUUGGCUGCACUUGACACACUUACUGCACAAGACAUCACGGUGGUGAAGGCUAUGAAGAGCCCUCCUGCUGGAGUUAAGCUUGUUAUGGAGGCAAUUUGCAUUUUAAAAGGUGUGAAACCUGACAAAAUGCCAGAUCCAUCUGGCUCUGGGAGAAAGAUUGAGGAUUUCUGGGGACCAUCAAAAAGAGUAUUGGGCGACAUGAAAUUUCUUCAGUCACUACAUGAAUACGACAAGGAUAACAUUCCAGCUGCUUAUAUGAGUAUCAUUAGAAAGAAUUACAUCACAAAUGCCGAGUUUGUUCCAGAUAAGAUUCGCAAUGCAUCAACAGCAGCAGAGGGACUUUGCAAAUGGGUGAUUGCUAUGGAUUCCUACGAUAAGGUGGCAAAGGUAGUGGCUCCAAAAAAAAUAAAAUUGAACCAGGCUCAGAGUGAGCUUAAGGUUGCAAUGGAGGGUCUAAAGAAGAAGCAAGCAGCUCUGAAGGAGGUACAGGACAAAUUAGCUAAACUUGAAGAAAAGCUUGAAGAAAACAAACAAAAGAAAGCAGACCUUGAGAAUCAGGUUGAUUUGUGCAGCAAAAAGCUUGAUCGUGCAGAACAGUUGAUUGGAGGUCUGGGUGGAGAGAAAACAAGAUGGAGCCAAACCGCAGCAGAACUUGGACAACUUUAUAUUAAUCUCACUGGAGAUAUCCUUAUAUCAUCAGGAAUUGUGGCUUACCAAGGAGCAUUUACGUCAAGUUACCGGCAGAUGCAAACAAAAGAAUGGACCUCAAUUUGCAAAAGUAAAAACAUACACUGCUCAGAAGAUUUUUCUCUAUCAAGCACUUUAGGAGAACCUGUAAAAAUCCGAGCAUGGAAUAUUGCUGGUCUACCUUCAGACAAUUUCUCCACUGAUAAUGGAAUCAUUAUUUCGAACGCGAGACGGUGGCCUCUGAUGAUUGAUCCACAGGGUCAAGCAAACAAAUGGAUAAAGAAUAUGGAAAAGGCCAACAGCCUUCAUAUUAUUAAGCUAAGUGACCCUGACUUUGUGAGAACUCUUGAAAACUGCAUCCAGUUUGGUACUCCAGUGUUGCUGGAAAAUGUUGGAGAAGAACUCGAUCCCAUUCUAGAACCUCUUCUGUUAAAGCAGACAUUUAAACAAGGAGGCAGUAUAUGCAUUAGACUGGGAGAUUCCACCAUUGAGUAUGCACCAGAUUUUCGGUUUUACAUUACAACUAAACUCAGGAAUCCUCACUAUUUACCUGAAACGUCUGUUAAGGUCACUUUGUUGAAUUUUAUGAUCACGCCUGAAGGGAUGCAGGACCAACUGCUGGGAAUUGUUGUAGCUCGAGAAAGACCUGAUUUAGAAGAAGAGAAGCAAGCAUUGAUUCUUCAGGGAGCAGAAAACAAAAGGCAGCUAAAAGAAAUUGAAGACAAGAUACUAGAAGUACUUUCAUCUUCAGAAGGAAACAUAUUAGAAGAUGAAACGGCCAUUAAAAUAUUAUCUUCCUCCAAGGCUCUGGCAAAUGAAAUUUCUGAGAAACAAGCUGUGGCUGAGGCAACGGAGAAGAAGAUUGAUGCCACUCGAAUGGGCUACCGCCCCAUCUCAAUCCAUUCUUCAAUUCUGUUUUUUUCCAUUGCUGACUUAGCCAAUAUUGAGCCCAUGUACCAGUACUCUCUUACAUGGUUCAUUAAUCUUUUCAUUAUGUCAAUCGAUAACUCAGAGAAGUCUGAUGAUUUACAGAAAAGGCUUGGAAUCCUGAAGAAUUAUUUCACAUUUUCUCUCUAUACAAACGUUUGCCGCUCACUAUUUGAAAAGGAUAAGCUGCUUUUUUCCUUCUGCUUAACAGUAAAUCUUUUGAAACAUGACAAGCUGAUUGAUGAAGAAGAAUGGAAAUUUUUGCUAACUGGCGGCAUUGGAUUGGACAAUCCACACUCCAAUCCUUGCACGUGGCUACCCCAGAAAUCAUGGGAUGAAAUUUGCCGCAUAGAUAAUAUGUCAGGAUUCAAAGGCAUCCGCAAAGAUUUUAUGAGAUUAAAAGAUGGAUGGAAGUCAGUCUAUGAUAGCUUGGAACCACACCAUGAGGCUUUUCCUUUAGAAUGGCAAGAAAAAGUGGGUCAGUUCCAAAGGAUGCUCAUCAUCCGAUGCCUAAGGCCUGACAAAGUUAUACCUAUGGUUCAAGAAUUUGUUACUGAACAUUUGGGAAGACCAUUUAUUGAGCCUCCUCCAUUUGAUCUUUCCAAAGCAUUUGGCGAUAGCCACUGCUGUGCCCCAUUAAUUUUUGUGCUGUCUCCUGGUGCUGAUCCAAUGGCAGCCUUAUUAAAAUUUGCUGAUGAUCAGGGUUUUGGGGGCUCAAAGAUGAGUUCUCUUUCUCUUGGGCAAGGGCAAGGACCAAUUGCUCUCCGCAUGACUGAAAAGGCUAUAAGAGAAGGUAGUUGGGUUGUUCUUCAAAAUUGUCACUUAGCUACAUCAUGGAUGCCCAUGCUGGAGAAAGUCUGUGAGGAGCUGAAUCCUGAAACUACACAUCCAGAUUUUCGCCUCUGGCUUACAAGUUAUCCAUCCCCAAACUUCCCUGUGUCUGUACUACAGAAUGGAGUGAAAAUGACAAAUGAGGCACCUAAAGGCUUGCGUUCUAAUAUAAUUCGCUCAUACCUGAUGGAUCCAAUCUCGGAUGCAGAGUUCUUCGGAGCUUGUAAAAAGCUUCCGGAGUUCAAGAAAUUGGUGUUUGGCCUGUGCUUCUUCCAUGCUUUGGUUCAAGAAAGACGUAAAUUUGGUCCUCUCGGAUGGAAUAUCCCUUAUGAAUUCAAUGAGACAGAUAUGAGAAUUAGCGUACAACAACUUCAGAUGUUUUUAAAUCAAUAUGAUGAGGUACCUUACGAUGCUCUUCGAUACAUGACUGGAGAGUGCAACUACGGAGGGAGAGUAACUGAUGAUUGGGACCGACGUACACUGCGCACUGUUCUCAACAAAUUUUACUGCUCACAUAUAAUUACAAAUCCUGACUACAAAUUCGAUUCCAGCGGAAUUUACUAUUCACCACCUGAUGGAGAUUACAACUAUUAUAUUGAAUAUACCAAGAACCUGCCAUUGAAUCCUUCCCCUGAGAUUUUUGGCAUGAAUGCUAAUGCGGAUAUCACUAAGGAUCAGUCAGAAACCCAGCAACUAUUUGACAGCAUCCUCCUCACUCAGUCACGGGCUUCUGGUGGUGGUGGAAAAUCUACAGAUGAAACGGUUUAUGAAGUGGCUGCCGAUAUCCUGAGCAAGCUUCCCGCAAAUUUUGACAUUGAAGCAGCAAUGAGGAAAUACCCAACCACAUACACACAGAGUAUGAAUACUGUGCUUGUCCAGGAAAUGGGUCGCUUUAAUAAACUUCUUGCUACCAUAAGAGAUUCUUGUAUCAACAUACAGAAAGCAAUUAAGGGUCUGGUGGUUAUGUCCUCUGAAUUGGAGGAGGUAGUGAUCAGCAUUCUAAAAGGCAAAAUUCCUGGUAUGUGGAUGAAGAAAUCCUACCCCAGCCUAAAACCUCUUGGCAGUUAUGUUAAUGACUUCCUCGCCAGGCUAGCAUUUUUACAGGAUUGGUACGAGAAUGGAAUACCACCAGUCUUUUGGGUAUCUGGCUUUUUCUUUACGCAAGCCUUUCUAACAGGGGCACAACAGAAUUAUGCUCGCAAGUACACUAUUCCAAUUGAUCUUCUGGGGUUUGACUUUGACGUUUUAGAAGAUAAGGAGUACAAGCAUCCACCAGAGGACGGAGUGUACAUACGUGGUCUUUUUCUGGAUGGUGCACGCUGGGACAGAAAGAAAAAAAAAUUAGCAGAAUCUUAUCCCAAGAUCCUUUAUGACACAGUACCAACGAUGUGGCUGAAGCCUUGUAAGAGAUCAGACAUUCCACAGAGACCGUGUUAUUUGGCACCCGUUUAUAAAACCAGUGAAAGAAGAGGGACCUUAUCUACUACUGGACACUCUACAAACUUUGUUAUUGCAAUGACUCUCCUGUCUGACAAAUCUCCAGAACACUGGAUUGGAAGAGGUGUAGCAUUACUAUGCCAGCUAAAUGCAUAAAACAUAUGUUUGUUACUUAGUCAGUGGCAUUCGUUACACAUUAUGCGUAGGUUGCCUAUGACAGUUGCUAUAAUUUGUUGUAUAUGGUUUGAUUCAGAC